AGUUAUCAUUUAAUUUUAAGUUUGAGAUUUAAAAAAAUCAUUCCUCUAUUCUUCUCAUAUAUUCUAUUUUGUUACUGACCUGAGUCUAACCGAGAGAAAUAGAAACAUAUGAGGUCACUUAUAUGCUUAGAUCCUUCUUGAGAAACAUAUGAGGUCACUUAUGUGUUUAUGUCCUCCCAACAUCUUGGAGACAUCAAGUAAUUUAGCACAUUGCAGGUAAAAGUUCAGAAAUAAAUGAACGAGGAAUCACAAAUCACCAUAUUUUUUUUUACACUAUUAUUCAUCGUAAUUCCUAACUGCACCCACUAUUCGCGUGUCGCGUGACCCAAGGUGGGACCAUACGAGGAGCGUUCAGAAUGAUAUAAAGACCAAGUUGAGCCCGACCUCGCAACAUGUUCUCACACGGUUUGUGGACGACGACGACGACGAAGUCUUAUGUUAAUACUUGUCAUCUGUUGGCGACGACAGAGAUGCUCGACUAAAAUCCAUCGAUCAUAAUGUUGUAAGAUAACAUUGUUCUAGUCCCUUUUCCUUUGUAAUUUGUUUAUGAAAUUAGUGAGACACAAAUCACUCUCCUUUUCGUUUAUAUUGCACCACUGCGUAUGCGCUCUAGUGCUUCUUUUCGCUCUAGUGCUUCGUUUUUUCUGCCUUCAUUCCUUACGACAAAUUAAUGUUAGCCUGCACGUUUAACUUAUACUGCUGUGCGUUCGAGAAAAGUUAGAGUUUAUUAGUAAUAAAUUUUCAUCAGAAAAUGAAUUCAAUUAUGUUAAUCUCAUUUGAUAAUCACAUGACACUUAAAUCUUCGUCAAGGAUGAAAUCGAGGUCUACACGACUACGAGCCAUAGAUCGUCUUGGCAACCGAACGUCAAAACACUGUAUAUCGGAACAUAGUCAACGUCGACGAGAAGCUGUGAUCGGGAGAGUUCGGCCAGUCACACGGUAUCCGAUAGAUCAUUCUCUCCGGCGAUAAUCCCGACGAUUGAACGAUCGACGAUUAGAGAACGUCGGGUCCGCGACUGAGAUGGUCGCCGGCGCGGGAUUCGCUCGGUACCAUCCAGAAUGUAGAAGCUGACGUUUACGAGAGAGCGAUUCCACCGGGAACGAACGCCUCCGGGUCGCCGAAGCAUGAACGUAGGGAAUCCCCGGAUCGUUUGCCUUGUGCUCACCGUCCUCGCCUUCUUCCAAAGAGGGUGGGCCAUCGACUGUUUCAAGUGUGUCUCGAUCGAUGGCAGCAACAAACCCUGUGAUGACCCAUUUCAUAACAAUGGCAGCCGCGCUUUCUUGGAGUCGCCCUGCUUGGGGGGUCGGAAAGGCCGAGACGGCCUCUUCCCAGCAACCGCUUGUCUCAAAAUUGCUGGCGUAUACGGUGAAUCUGGUCAAACCUUGAUGGUGAGGGGCUGUGCAUUGGACAGCGGAACCCUAACAACGGAUUCCGAGAUAAUCAGAAUGUCUCAUUGCGGUGGUUUCUACUUUGAUGACAAGUACGUGCGCGGGUGUGUGCAAUCAUGCAGCGAUGCGGACGCGUGCAACGCGUCAUCGAAGAAUCUUGCACCACUGAUCGCCCUCGUGUUACCAAUUCUCGCGGGACUCGCGUGAUCCAUUCAUCGCUUCGCAAUGAAAGUGCGAUUGGACGUCGUUUUGAGAACGGGACAAUCGAGAUGCAACGGCGACAAUGAAAGAGAUUACAAUAGCGAGCGUUGUGUAGUGGAUAUUAACCAUGAUUUUUAUUAUUAAACCUUUGUUAUUAAAUCAUAUGAUGCAUCAACCAUAUAGUGAAUAUACUGCCAGAUUAUUAAUAAUAAUUAAGUGUAAUAGUUUCUUUACCGUCAAGCAGCAUCCACGCGCCAUUUACUGUAGCUAUCACUGGCUAUAUAUAUGUACGCUGAUUUUAAUUAUAGCUUCAUAUCAAUAAAGCAUAGCCUGAAAUUGUUAAA